UAUAUAUAUAUAUAUAUAUAUAUAACAUUUGAAAUUUGAAUUUCGUAAGCAUGUACUGCAUCGUUUAGAGUUGUGCAGUAUAAACUUUGAAAGAAUUGUUUAGAAGAUGUAUUCUUCUAGAAACUGGUUAAAAAAUUUAUUCUAAUAUAUUGGAGAUUUUUUUUUUUAAAUAUUGACAAAAAAAGGAAUAUACUAUAAAAAGAAAGAAAGAAUCUUUAUUCUAUCUAUUCCUUUCGUUUCUCUCUUUCUACUUUGCUCUCGAUUUUUCUCUUUCUACGUUACCUAUUGUUUAAACCGGAAUUUAAGAGAAACGUACAAAUAUAUCGAGAAAAGGGAAACGAAAUGAUAAACGAUUUAGAUUUGUUUCUCUUCAGCAUUGUUAUCUCUUUAUUUUUCUUUUUUGUUCCCUUCUAUCAUUUAUCAUUUCGAAAGGAAUGAUAAUUAUAUUUCUAUAAUUAAUUUUCGAAUAAAGAUGUAGAUGACGCUCUUUUUGCAGAAAAAUGCAUUGAUAUAUACAGUAUUAUAUACAGUAUAUAUACUAAAUACACAAUAUAUGUAUAUACAUUACAAAUUAAUAACAAAGAAUAAACCGAAAUGGCUAAUUCAUAAAUGUUAAUAACGGCAUAUUGAAAAAAAGCUAGCUACUUUUUGUUUUAUUAAAUUCUUUUCCUAUAACAAUUAGUUCCUGUUAGAACAACUGUAUUUGAACGAACGAAACUAAUAUCCGAUAGAUGGUGCUAUUAUCACUAGCAGACAAGAAAACGGAAAGCGUCGCUUUAAUAUCGAUUAAGGAAUGUAAUGGAGCAAAAGAGAACAAAAAAGUACCUGCAGACGAGGCUAUAGAACCAAUAGAUAUGUAUCGCGGUUUAUUAAAAGCGAAACGUUCGGCUCAUCAUGAAGCUGUAAAGCAUAUUGUUGGAAUAUCAAAAUCUGAAAAACAGUAUGAAAUGAUACAAAUUAUAUUUGACAAACUUUUUUCGGUAACUAAAGAAAGUCAAGUGCAAUUAAUGUCGAGUGGAUUUAUUCCCGGCGAUGAUAUUCCACAGAAUUUUACAGUUAGAGAAUUCUUAUCAACUGUUUUAGAAAAUACAGCAUUCUUAUCCGAAAUAGUUUUAAGAUUUCCAGAUAUUUGUGGAAGGUUAUUAAAUCAAAAAAAUGAAUGGCUUGUACUCACAAAAUGGGCUGUUAAUUUUUCUAAUGCAACUGGAAUUUAUGAUAAACCCGAAUUAAUGCUAAUGGAUUUAGUGUCUCAAGAACUUCGUUUUGUGGAGCCCAGGGAAAAUUAUAUCAAUCCUUUUAAAGAAGAUACAAUCAAAUUAAAAGAAAUGCAAAAGAAAAUGGAAAAAGACAAAAAGAAGAAAGCUAGGGAAGAAAAGAAAAAGAAGAGAGGACCAAGAUUAAGCAAAGUUGAUUUGUAAUAGUUGAUAAUGUUUUAUUAUUCAAUCUUGAUUUUUGGCUUUUUACAACUUUAAAGAAAAAAAAGUGCCAAACUUUUUUUUAUCUUUUUUUUUUUAAAAAAACAAAAGUUUGGAUUCAAUGUUUUUUCUAAUAAAGUUAAUUUUAAUAAAUGAAAUUUAAGUAGAUUGUAAAUUUUCUUUUAAAAUUUGUUAAAUACUUUCACUACUUGUCGUUCUCUUUUUAUUGAAACAUGUAUGAAC